CGAACAGCUGAACUCAAAUGUUCUAAUCAAUACCCUGCUUCACUCCUAGAAUGCCAACGGUCUUUCUCCCGGGUUUUGCUAUUCUCAUCGUUUCGUAGAGUGUCGGGCGAGAAUAGACUGAUUCUCAUGGUCAGUACGGAGGAGCAAGUCAGCACUACGCCAUGGACGAAGCAGAAGCGAAGUUGA